GGAUAUACCCGCCGCGCGUGUGACAGUUUGCGCAUGCGCCUUGCCGGUAAAGUGCCGUUCGCUCUCAGUACAUAAGUUUAUUAUAUUAUUAAUACUUAUAUUAAAAGCUCCAACGUUUCCGGUCACUUUAUGUUUAAGCUCCAACGUUUCCGGUCACGGACUUUAUGUGAGUUAUUAAGCUGAACGGGGAGGUUUACUGUAAUACUGUGACUUUAGCACCUAGCUGUUAGCUUUAGCUCUUUACUGCUACAUUAUGUUUAUUUUGACAUGAGUGUGGAGCUGUGAUGAUCACCUGCUCACCUUCAUCAUCAUCGUCAUCAUCAUCAUCAUCAUCAUCAGCUCUUAAUCAGGGACCAACUCGGGUUCAGAGGUCACACUGUGAGAAACCUCACACAGAGCACAGGGAGUUGAGGACUUCUGCUCCAUCACACUCACUCACUCCUUUUUCAUCAUCAUCAUCAUCAUCGUCGUCGUCAGCUAUGGAAAUUGCACUGGCUCACCCGGUGUUGAAGGCGUUUCUGUGUGGUUCCCUCAGUGGAACCUGCUCCACGUUACUGUUCCAGCCGCUGGAUCUGGUGAAGACACGAUUACAGACUCUACAGAAUAACACACAGCCUGGUGGUGCUAAGUUGGGGAUGCUGCGUAUGUUCAUCACGGUGGUCCGGACUGAAAAACUCUUUGGUUUGUGGAAGGGCGUCUCCCCGUCAUUUGUUCGCUGUAUCCCAGGUGUAGGGAUUUAUUUCAGCACAUUCUACUCUCUCAAGCAGUAUUUUUUUGAGCUGCGAGCACCAGGAGCAUGUGAGUCUGUGUUUCUGGGAGCAGCAGCACGUUGUGUGGCUGGAGUCACUAUGUUACCCUUCACUGUCAUCAAAACACGCUUCGAGAGUGGGCAGUAUAACUACAGCAGUGUGUGUGGAGCAUUGAAGAAUAUGUGUGAGACAGAGGGACCAAGAGCUCUGUACUCGGGACUCACAGCUACACUGCUCAGAGACGCUCCGUUCUCUGGCAUUUAUGUCAUGAUCUACAGCCAGAGCAAGAGGGCGCUGCCACAUGAAUUUGGAUCGUCAGGUCUGGCUCCUCUGCUGAAUUUUACUUGUGGAGUGUUUGCUGGGAUUUUGGCAUCUGUAGUGACGCAGCCAGCUGACGUGGUCAAAACACACAUGCAGAUAAAUCCAACCCACUACUGCACAACACGUUACGCACUGCAAGCCAUCUACACUGAACAUGGAGUCAGAGGUUUUUUCUGUGGUGCUGUUCCACGCUCAUUGAGGAGAACGCUGAUGGCUGCAAUGGCCUGGACUGUGUAUGAACAACUUAUGGCACUUAUGGGACUUAAAUCCUGAAAACACACACACACAAUCAAUCCCAAAGGAAACACUUUCUCAGCACACUCCUUGAGAUAUUGACCCACAGCCAAUUAGGUGAAUAAACUCUAAUUCUAUAGCCUACGUGAUGAAACAAGCUCCACCCACUAUUGUGUCAUUGAGAAGACUCCGCCUCCGUGUUCUUGCACCCACUCCUGCUGUUACUCCAGAAGCUACACUCCUAUGUCCAUGAUAUAAGGCUGUAAACUAUAUAAAUUAUAUACUAACUAACCAUUAAAAGAAUGUUAUUUUUUAAUAAUAGGACAGACAAUUGCUUCUAGAAAUGAGACAGCUGUGGAUUCACAUCUGAUCUCACACUUCAUUAACUUUAUUAUUCUUCUUAAUAAUAUUAUUAUUAUUAUUAUUAAAGAAUAUUGUGUGUUGUGAAAAGAACCUGUUUUUGUGUUGCAGUGUAUAUUUGUGUGUAUAACCUGUGUAUA